AUGGUUUUCAUUAUUGCCGACGUUUCCGUCGCCCUCAUAGGUGCUGAUUUUCUAGCUCACUUCAAUCUACUAGUAGAUUUGUGGAAUCGCCGACUCGUCGACUGCAUCACCAACCUUCAUGCCCGUUGUCAAUCCGAUGUGAACCCCCGCAUCAACUCUCUCACUGUUAUGCCCAUCUCUGACUGUCCUUUCCACUCACUUCUCAGGCAGUUCCCUCGCCCGACCAACACCUCAUUUCGUGAAGUGGACAUCAAACACACAGUCAACCACCACAUUUCAACCACUGGACCUCCCAAGUCUUGCCGACCACGUCGUCUUGCUCCGGACCGUUUGAAGAUGACCAAGGCAGAGUUCGAAUACAUGCUUGAGCUCGACAUCAUCCGACAGUCCGACAGCUGCUGGGCAUCACCCCUCCAUCUUGCCCCAAAGAAGAGCGGCGACUGGCAACAGUGUGGUGACUAUCGGGCAUUGAACUUAGUGAUUGUUCCCGACCAGUACCCCGUCCCGCACAUCCCGGACUUCACUCUUUCGCUGCAUGGUAAGCGGAUAUUCUCCAAGAUUGGCCUUGUUCGUGCCUACCAACAAAGCCUAAUCGAGGCCAGUGAUGUGCUGAAAACUGUAGUGACCACUCCCUUUGGGUUAUUCGAAUUCACUCGUAUGCCCUCUGGUCUGAGGAGCGCCACUCAAACCUUUCAGAAGUUCAAUGAUCAGGUAUUGCGAGGUCUCGACCUUGUCUACAUUGAUGAUUUGCUGAUGGCUAGUUCUGACAUUGCUGAACACGAGGUUCAUCUUCGACAACUCUUCGAACGACUCGACUCCUUCGGCGUUGUAAUCGACGCUGCUAAAUGUGAUUUUGGAGUUCCCAGUCUAAGUUUUCUGAGUCCCGAAGUGAACUCAGAUGGGAAAAAGCCCGUCCCAGAAAAGGUUUCGGCCAACUCGACGUUCCGCGUCCCGACAACCAUCAACCAACUAUGCCGCCUCUUGGGGAUGGUGAACUACUGUCACCGUUUUCUUCCCCAUGGUGCCACCAUAUUGCAGCCACUCAACAGUCUGUUGACCCUCUCCAAGAAGACACUGGUGAUGACCAAGGAGGCCGUCAGGUCCUUCAAUGACGUCAAGGCCGCACUUGCGAACAUAACACUGCUUGACCACCCCCGCUCAGAUGCUCAUCUAACUCUCAUGACAGAUGCUUUCAGCACUGCCGUUGGUGAAUCACUUCAUCAAGCUGCUAGUGGUGUUCUACAGCCUCUGGCAUCCUUCUCGAAAAAGCUCAGCCCAACAGAGACCCGCCACAGUGUCUUCGACCGAGAACUCCGCGCCGUCUACUUAUCCAUCCGGCACUUUCGACAUUUCCUCGAGGGUCUUGAAUUUGUUGUUCUAACAGAUCACAAGCCACCCGUUUUUGCACUGAGGGCGUUUCCCGAUCGAUAUUCGUCCCGUGAAAUUCUUCAUCUAGAUUUCAUGUCACAGUUUUCCUGCGACAUCCAACAUGUCUGUGGUAAGGAAAAUGUGGUUGCUGAUGCUUUAUUAAGAAUUGAGAUGGCUUCCAUCACAACAGACGCCAUAGACUUCACGCUCAUGGCUGAGGUUCAACGAUCGGAUGGCGAACUCUCCCAAUACCAUAAUGAGGACUCUUCUUUACGUCUUAACGUUUUCCCCCUUCCUGCUGGCACUGGUACCAUAACGUGCGACCAUUUACCGGGCACACACGUCCAUUUGUUCCAACAACUUUACGACGACACGUGUUUAACGCUCCUCACAAUCUAUCCCACCCUGGAGUCCGGGCGACAGUGA